GCGACGAUGAUUAUAAUUAAUGCCGCUAUCGCUCUUGGAUCAGAGAGUGUCCCGCCCGACUGCAAUCUGUAGACUCCUGAUGUCAGGUACAAACUUAGUACUCCCUACAGUCUUGCAGUUCUUCCUAUAUAGGAGAAAAUGGCAUGGAAAACCUAAGUGCAGUGAUAGCCCCGGAUCGUAUAUAAACUCGGUCUUGCUCUCCCUCAUUCUACAGAUCCAUUGACCCAGUUCACACUCGCUCUUCUCUCCAGUUACUCGCAACAACACAACACACGCACAAAAAGACUCAAGGCCCAUCCUCAUUUCAGUUACUAAAACAAUGGCUCACCCAUACCUUGACCCUGCCCAGGCUGCCGCCUUCAACGAGCUCAGCAUUGCCCGCGACAGCACCUUUGAAAUUUCCUACUUUGGACUCCACGGUUUCGGUGGUAUCUCUCGCCUAAUCCUCGCCGUCGGCGGCGCCAACUUCAAGAACCACGUCCCCACGGACUGGGCCUCCGAGAAACCUCAAGCUCCCUUCGGCGUACUUCCUCUUCUCAAGGAGAGCUCUAAGGAUGGCACCAAGGUCCUCCAUGUAGCCGAGACCGACGCGAUCGAACGCUAUCUCUCCAGGAAGUUCGGUUUCAAUGGCGAGAACGCUUUUGAGAAGAACCUUGUGAGCGUUUAUUCUUCAAAUUCGACAUCGCUUUACAUGCAGAUCUUCCGAAAGCUCUUCGGAGUCAAGGAUGAGCAGCAAAAGGCUGAAGCCAAGGAGACGUUGGUCGCGGGACCCUUUAUGGAUUGGGUCAAGUUUCAUGAGAAGUACCUGGCUGCGAACGGAUCGAACGGACACUAUGUCGGGAACAAGACUACUUUGGCGGACAUCAAGACUUACUAUGUCGUUGGUAUGCUUCAGAGCCUUACUGGGGAGGACCUUGUUUCGGAGAGCAAGACCCCGGCGAUCUGGAAAGUCAAGACCGCUCUCGAGGAUAUCCCCUCGGCUUCUGCUUGGUUCAAGUCCGAGGAUUACAAGACCUUUUCUGAGGAGAACAAGCGACUCUCUGGCUUCUAGACUACAAAGACAAACAAAGAGCUAUUUACAUCAUCAACAUUAGGUACCUUCACUCGAUAGUAACAGCCAUUCGCUCAUGCACACUUUUUGUCAGUAAAAAUCGAG